GUAGCGGGGGACGCGGCCCUGCGGCGCGCACUCUACGCGCAUGUGCUUAACGUGCAGGGCCGCUGCCUCUAUGACCUCAUCCUCUACAGGCUUCACGAGAGUCCAGAAGAAGAGCCGCACAUCCUGCUGGAGUGUGACAGCAGCGUGCUGGAUGCCAUACAAAAACAUCUGAAACUGUACAAGAUCCGGAGGAAAGUAAACAUCGCCCCUUGCCUUGACCUCUCUUUGUGGGCCGUCGUCCCCGGGGAGCAGGCUGGAGACACUGGCGGUUCCCUCGCUCAGUGUGCGGACCAGGCUCUGAUUUUAACUCCUGACCCCAGAACCGAAGUCAUGGGCUGGAGACUGAUUACAAAGAAAGGAGUAAAUCUAUCGGCGAUUAUCCCUGAGAGUCAUAUUGGAAACAUUCAGGAUUACCACAGGCACAGGUAUAAACAAGGAAUUCCUGAAGGCGUGGAAGAUCUCCCUCCUGGAGUAGCCCUCCCGCUGGAAUCAAACCUGGCCUACAUGAAUGGCAUCAGCUUUACCAAAGGUUGUUACAUUGGACAGGAGUUGACAGCCAGGACCCACCACAUGGGUGUCAUUCGCAAACGUCUGCUGCCAGUCCACUUUUCAGCUCCUCUUCCCAAGAACAGCAUUCCUGUGGGUGCUGAGAUCUUAACUGAAUCAGGAAAGUCGGCUGGCAAGUUCCGGGCUGGAAGCGGUGAACUUGGUAUAGCUUUGCUGAGGUUAGCUAAUACAAAUGAACCACUCUGCCUAAAUAUAGCAGGUGAUAAAGUGAAGCUCACUGCAAGUAUACCUGAGUGGUGGCCAAAAACUGCUGGUAAAUAAACAAGGAACCACCACUUGCACAUUUGCCUUAUUGAGAAUAUAUUUUGUGUGAUAAAUUUGGGAAGG